AUGCAAAACCGCCUGGAAGAUCUUGACUUUGCUGACGAUAUAUGUAUGCUAUCACAUAGAUUUCAAGACGCAAAAGAACAGACCAUCAGUCUUGAAUCAACAGCAAGACAAAUAGGCCUUCUAAUCAAUCCAGUAAAGGCAAAGAUAAUGAAAAUAAACACUGCUCAGACAAAGAAACUACAAAUAAGACACAAAGAAGUAGAAAAUAUAGAAGAAUUCACAUACCUGGGCAGUAUCAUCAGCACUACAGGUGGAACCGACGAAGACAUAAAAGCUCGGAAAAGGAAAGCUCAACAAGCCUUUGCCAUGCUAAAACCAGUCUGGAGAAGCACCACCUUGAGAACUAGUACCAAACUAAGGCUUUUCAACUCUAAUGUCAAAUCUGUUCUUCUCUAUGGGUCCGAAACCUGGAGAGAAACAUCAGCAUCCAUCAAGACACUCCAAGUCUUCUUAAACCGCUGUCUAAGAAACAUCCUUGGUGCGAGAUGGCCAGAUACGAUUAGUAACAAAGAACUGUGGAAAAGAACCAAACAAGAACCAAUUGAGAUAACAAUUAGAACAAGAUGGAAGUGGAUUGGACACACUUUAAGAAAACCUACAUAA